AACAUGAAGUUUCAGCUUGCACACUUUGCUAUGUGCAGUGUUGUUCUGCCUCUACUUACUGUUGCUUCAGUUUGGCCCUAAUUUUGGGGGCUAUGGCAAGGACGGUCCUGCUUACUAUCCUUUUACUCGGAUUUUGCCAUUGGUUGCUCGCUAAUGUUGAGAACGAAUCACAACCCCAAGAAACAAGCAUAAAGAAAUACGCCGGAAUGCUGCUUCGAAACAACAAUCUUACCCUGAAAUGGGCUCCGGUCGACCCUUACAAAUAUCUGAGUGUUAAAUGUCUAUAUUCAACCGUGUUGAAGCGGAUUCUACGACCUAUCACCCGCCGUGUGUAUUUCCGAACCUCCUUUGGGAUGGCUUGGGUGACAUGUGCUUAUCAACUAACGAUGAAGGUCAAGCAAAAAGGCAACGACACUUUUCUCGUGAUAUCAGAUGCUGCAAAGUACCUUCCUUUCGGCGUGCAGAAAAGCUAUACUAUUCUGCAUGCUGAAGAGACGUGCCUAAUAUUGCGUGACGACAGCAAUGCGACCGAAAGUAAACAAGUCGCCUCACUGCGAGAGCUGUCGAAUGGCACGGUGUUGAAUAGAAAUCAGCAACCAAUCUGCUUACUGUGGGUCACAUCUAAUACAACUGAGGAGGAGCAUCCAAACUGCAAGUCGAAGUUAGAUACACUGUGUCAACGGACAUCAUAUAAUUAUGCAGAAGAUGAGCGGAAAGUUUGCACUAACAUGUCUGCGCUAAUGAGAGAUGUGCGGCAUGGAUGCGUAAUGAAUGUUAUUGCGCGCGGUCACGAACGACUCGCUUAAAUUUUUUAACACCUUCGGUACCCAGCAUUCUGUUAAAGUUGUCGCAGUCAAGUUUAAUGGUGCGUUUCCUUCGUGAAAGUAGAUACCCAGAAUAAAAUCUUGUGCAGAUUUUGUGCUUUCCAAUAGUAAUAUAGGGUAGGCCGACACAGGCAAGUGGAAAUGUGGCCUGGUUGUAAUGGAUUGGAGAGUACCUUUAACUCCCACAUUUAUUGUUGUUAGUCAUUACUCUACGGACAAAAAAUUUUUCAGGAACUUGUGGUGUCUUUAAGCCAAAUCGACCUAGAGUAACAAAACAGCUCAGGCGCUGUUCACAUCUUUAAGUGCUUGGUUUUUUUGCCCCGUUUUUAACAUGCAGGCUUGUAUUUUACUAAGCCACACGCAAACUUCAACGAUCACGCUCUGAGACCUGAAAGCCGCCACUGAAGAAAAUAACAAGCACCAUAUCAGCGACCAUAGUAUGAACAAACAAUACGGCCAUCCUUAUUUUCAGGCUAACACGGGGUGCGAUUAUUUAGAGAAUGAGAAACUCCUGAUGAAAUUAAGUACAGAAAUGCCAUUUUCUUAUAAUGUGCAGGCUGUCUGCAAAGCAUCUGUAUUGGAAAUUUAUUCGGUCUUUUUCAAGCUUAUUGUAAAGCUUUGCGACGGCAACUUCUAGAUGAUUUGGAGCUGAGCGGCAAAGGUGUGAAGGUAUCGCAUCACGUAGAUGCCCUCUCAUCGUAAAGGUGGGAACAAAGAGAAAGUACUCGAAGUACUUGCAGCUUUCUCUAAUCGUUGUUGCAUUUCUGCCAUACCAUCUGCUGCCACAUACCCUACAGCGGAUUCAGCUGUAGCGAAAAAUGACAGAUGUCUGAAGAGCCCGCUCUCACCAAUUUUAGUAAAUUUUAAUAGAUGGAAAGAAUCGUUUCCUGUCAA